UUGGCUUUUUUGAAAACACAAGAGCGAAUAUUAAUUAACUACGAAGCGACGUUCUCCUAAUCUUCAAUGUCACCGGCGGAGUUUCUUGUCGCCGGCAGGAUGUUAUUGCCAUGCUUCAGGCUCUCUCACUUCUUCUUCUUCCGCAAACUCCAUUAUUAGGUUUCACGGGAAAGCCCCAACAGUGCGCAAUUCGCCCUUCCGGAUUCCACUCUGAUUUUAGUCUGUUGAUUCUCUAUCUGGUCAAUUCCUUAUAUAUGGCCCAACUUGAAGCUAUGCCUGUAAGGGAGAUCCAUGGAGGUCUGAGAUUUGUUGCUGGUUGCAUGUUUUUUACCCUGCUUUGUUCUUUCGGAUCGUGAUGUUGUUUUACAAGUGCAUUUUGGCAGGAACUUUUUCGCCUUAGUCGCACUUGUCUCAGUAUGGGUACAUCAUAUCAUCCCAAUCUGACGUGCAAAUGAAGGUGUGGUCAAUCGAUACCUUGAAAUUUACUUGCAUUAUUUUGCUCACGACGAGCCAAAAUCAUGGCUUCAGUAUCUAUCUUGGGCUAAAUACUCAUUCAACGGUAGCUACCAUUCUUCCACCAAUAUGACUCAUUUCCAGAUUGUGUAAGAGACGGAACCACCACUCUUGUAUCCCUUUGUUCAUGGAGUGAUGGAGAAACUAAGCAAGAUCAAAUGUUAACAGUACUAAGCUCCAGUCUAAUGAAGGCUCAAUCAAGAAUGAAAUCUCAAGCUGAUCACAAGCGGUGUGACCUAUCUUUUCAUGUGGUUGAUGUCGUAUUCCUUCGUUUGCAACCUUAUCGGCAGAAGAGUUUAGCCAAACAUCCAAAUGAGAAACGUUCACCUAGAUAUGACCAUACAAAGUUGUUCGCAAAGUUGGUCUUGUUGCUUAUGAAUUGCUGCUACCUCAAACAUCCAAGGUCUAUCUGAUUUUUCAAGUCUCGCUGUUUCGUCCUGCUUGUGAUUGUUCUGAUAUUGCUUCCCCUCCACCCUUACCACUAUUGGGUGAAUUGGAAUUCAUGGUGGAGCCUGAAAAAGGUUUAUCACAUCCAUGGGUGAAAGAAUUGGGAGUACCAACUCUUAAAUCACUUAUUCAAUUGCGUCGUACCUGUUGAAGAGGCUAGUUGGGAAGACUAUGACUUUUUUUUAGGACAAGGGAAAACCCGCAGCCGCUAUUCUUUGGAUGUGCACAGGGUAAAACCCCGCUCCUAUGCAAUAGCUCAAAAACCACAUAGGUUUUCGCUGGCAAGGGGUUUCGAACUUGAGACCUCCAACAUGAAAGUCUCAAGAUCAAACCCCUUGCUAUGACUUGCUUGGUGUUCAAUAUCCUUUUUUUGCCUCAAGAACAAGGUAUCUUUCCGGAGGGAUACCAAUCCACCUUUCCAGACGUACUUCAGAAGAAACUGUCAACAAAAGGUUAAAGGUUUGAAGAGUUCUGGAAAAACACAACUGCUACAACACUGUUUCCUUGAUUUGCAGCAGUUAGUCUAGCGGUUAUUGUUCCUAGUUUAUUUUGUAAGGGGUCGUUCGGUGCGAGGGAUUAAAAAUAAUAGUGAUGGGAUAAAAAAAUUUAUCUUGUUUGGUUGCCAUGUUUGGGAUAACUUAUCCCACCAUUUAUAUCAUAGUGAUGGGAUAAGUUAUCUCACAUAGAUGGUGGGAUGAGUUAUCUCAGGAUAGCAAACCUCAGGAGUUAUCCUGGGACUCAUAGUCUUAUCCUAUUAUAUGUUCUCUAUAAAUAUGUGAUUAGGAUUAUGUUUAUUUUCAGAAAAAUGUAACUUUUAAAUAUGUAAUUAGGAUUAAUAAUUUGGGUAAUACAACAUAUCCAAUGAAAUCCCAUAAUUGGUGUUUGGGAAAGGUAGAAUGUAUGCCAACCUUACCGCUACCUCGUGGAGGUACAGAGGCUUUCUUUUAAAGACCUUCGGCUCAAUGUAGCAAAUCCAGGUAAAAAGAAGGAGACGAAAAAUAUAGCACUUAACAAGAAAGCAAUAAAAGUCUACCAAAAUGGAGCAAAGAUAACAAAAUAGUGCGAUAAUCAAUACAUAAUAAACAACAUACUAGGAUAGGUUAUUGAAAACAAUAGUAAAUGAAAGAGUUGGUUUUGGUUCUUGUGGAAUCAAACUAAAUGGAAGAUGAAUUAAUAUGAAUAUUUGGUAGGAAGAUAAUUAGUAGGAAAUACAAGUCAAAGAUUGUAUCUUAAUAGGUGAAAGUUAAGCAAACCAUAAAGCAAACCAUUAUGGUUUGCUAUCUUAACCUUGACAAUUUUGACACAUAGCGAUGUCAUGGAUGACAUCAAUAGGAUGAAUUUAUUCCUAUAAAUAGGUAGCUCUUAAUUCAUUUUCAAAUCAUCCUUUCACUUGCCUUCUCACCUUCUAAGGCAUUGUGUUCUCUCUCUUGUAGUAUUUCACUUAUAUUCUUUGUAUAGUGAAAUAAAUAUUGGUGCAGUUGUUCUUUGGUGGACGUAGGAUCAUUUUGAUCCGAACCACGAUUUGGUAACAGAGGAAUAACAUGAGAAUGUGCUCUAAGUGGUGGAAGGGAUGUUGUUUCAGAAAAUACAAACUGAAAUUCAUUUAUAAGUGUUUGGAUUGGAUUAGAUUACCAGGGGUCUCUGAUAACAUGUUAAAAGAUUGGAAGAUUGGAGGGAAGCCGUGGCGGAAUUUGUUGAUCUCAUCCUUGCGGUGCGGCUAACCUGCCUAUUUCUCCGACAAGCGACGAAGGAUGAUGACGGAGGAAGCUUACGAUGGUACCGAUCUGAAAUGGCCUAAUUAUUUCCAGGAAAUUGGACUGUAGGGCGCCUUUUUAACACCAAACAAAAGAAAACUCCAACGAUGUUGUGUAUAUCGAUUUCUGAAGCACACACAUGGUGACGACUUCCUGAGGAAGCACAAGAACAAAACUCAGGUGACGAUUGAGGAAGCUUACGAUCAUACCGAACUGGAAUGGCCUUCCACUGUUGAUGCCUAAAUAUUUCCAGUCAUCAGUUUCUCUUGAGUCGAAGCCACUUGGUGAACUUUGCUUCGGGGCCUUGCACCGUUCUUGAACAUAAGGCACUUCCAAGGUUCUUAGUGGUUUAUGAUGCCUCCUACAGGAAGAGAGUGUUGCCAAAGUUUAAUGCCCGACAUCAUUAGCAAUCUUCCCCAUAAUGUAAUCGACGUCAUUUUGAUACUUUUACCAUUCAAAGAUGCUGUGAGGACAAGUGUUUUAUCAAAGAAAUGGAGGUAUCACUGGUGUAGACGUACGGAGUUGACCCUUGAUGAAUCUCUAUGGAAACAAAGAGAGGAUUUAAACCCUACAGUUAGAUUUAGGGAGAUCAUCUCCCAGCUCUUGACCCUUCACGAAGGGCCCAUUACUAAGUUCACCCUCGACAUCGUUCAUCUAAAAAGGCUUCCUGAAAUUGACGACUUCAUUUAUUUCCUCAGGAAUCACAUUCAAGAUCUUGUUCUGCGCCUUCCAUUGAGAAAGCAAUACGCAUUGCCAUCUACACUUUUCACAUGUUCACAGCUGAGACAUCUAAAUCUUCAUUCUUGUUCAAUUUAUCAUCCAUCUGCCUUUGAAGGUUUUGAUAAGUUAAUCAGCCUGGAACUAUGUGGAGUCUCAACUUCUUCUGAAUUGCUGGAAAGUUUGAUAUCUCAUUGCCCCUUGCUUGAGCAAUUGGAGCUGUCUACUUCAGAAGAUUUAGACAUGAUUGAAAUUAAUGCUCCUAUGCUAAGAUUUUUCAGUUUCACAGGCAAUAUAAGUUCGAUCUACCUAAAGAAUGUCCCUCGUCUGGUUGAAGCAUUUCUGCUAGGUGACAUUGAGCAGACAGAGAGUCUUGAUUUUGCAAAGAUUUUCGAAUCUUGUUCUGCUCUCGAGCAACUCAGCUUGGACUUCUUAAGUUCAGAGUUCGUUGCUGAGGAAGGAUAUAAAGUACCAAAAAGGCUUCCAUUUAAUCUCAACGUCAGACGAUUUGACCUGCUCGACAUUUCGCUUGUGGAAUCAUAUAAACUUUCGCAUAUUCUUUGCUUACUAAGAAGCUUUCCAUAUUUGGAAUAUCUUGAAAUGCAGGUUAUUGAUGAAGAUGAUAGUGAUACUGAUGAAGAUGAAGAUGAAGAAUCUCUUCAACCCGAAACUUUGUCAGACCUGACAUUUAAUCACCUUGUGGAAUUUCAGCUUGGAAGCUUUAUAGGAGGUACAUCCGAGAUGCAGUUUAUUAAGCAUUUAUUAGCCAACUCCCCGGUGUUAGAGAUACUGGUAAUCAAUCGACAGUUUCUAGAUAAGGAGCCUCUCGACACAAGAGAAGAAAUAUUCACUAAGAUCUCAAAUUUUCCGCGGACAUCACCUAAAGCAGAAAUCGUCUACAAAGAUUUUAGCUGAUCUUGAUAUUUGGCUUAGAAGAACCAAUAUUGACAAGCGAGAAAGAAACAUUUAUGUGGUAUUAUAACUCUCUGGUUUACCUUGCUAGAAUGUCUAUUUCAGAACGUGAACAUUGCUUGGAUUGAUGUUUUGAUUAUGUUGUUGUCAUUACAUUUUAAGGAUUUGUACAUUUACUGUGUGUUCAUGAUUGUGAUAUAUAUCCCGGAGUUGUUUGUUUGCUUCAGUUUUUGGAGGGAUUGAGAAACUGAAUCAGUCUCGAAGUUUACUUGCAAACAAAAAAUGAUAUUUUGAUUA